AUGCUUGACUUCCUCAAGGAUGCUGCUCUUUCAUCCGGUGCUAAACUAAAGAACGGAGCAUGGAAGGCGAAAGAGGCACACGUCGUUUAUAGACGUUCAGAUACGUUGGAAGAGAAUAGACAAAGCAGAGAGAAAGCAUUUGUGCGAGUGAAAGUCGGAAAGGGAAAAGCUUCACAGGAACAAGAAGCCGAAGAGAAAGGUGACGCAGCUGAGAAAAAGGAACCAAAAUAG